GAAACAAUCUCACCUCCUAAAGCUAACCAAAAACCCAAUGGUGUCCAGAAGGGAGGCUCUUUGAUUACACUUAAUAAGCAAUGUGCUGGUGAAGCAACAAUUGUUUAUGGACAUGGGGCUGACAUUGAGACAUUAAUGCCAGAGUUAAGGCACCCCGAUUACUACACUAUGCCUCAGAUCCAAGAGCUUCCAGCCAUGGAAAGGGCUGAACUUUGAUUCAUCCACCAUCUCAGCAAUUUUGUCGUGGGAAGAAAGGCCAUUGUCCAAUUCAACAACCAAAAGGCAAUUGUUUAUAAGGACGAGAGCUAGAAACCGCCUGUAGGACAAGGUCUCAACAAACCUGAUGGGGUCGCACUCCUAAACAUAAAAGUUUUUGACAAGAAGACUGGUCAGAGCUAAACCGAUGGGUCAAGAGUUGACAAGUACAUAGAGAUGCUCAAUAGAAAGGCAGAGGAUCAAGGUGCCGAGUUCAUGUCUUAUGACCCACUCAAAGGAGAAUGGAAGUUCAGGGAUAAACAUUUCAACAAAUAUUGUCUUCGCGACGAUGAAUGAAUCUGAUGAGAAGCCAGAGGAAACAUUUACACUAUGCUUUAUUGCAUAAUUUGUGUUGUUAAUUAGUCUUAAAAAGUUAAUAAACCCUAAUUUUAUUGUCAUUGUUUUGAAGUAAUUCAAAUUGGGAUUACACAAUUAAAGUGUUGAUAAUCAC